AUGAAAUCGGACAUCCAAACUACCGAGCGACGAUUGGCGCUGGAGAUGGAUAAGAGCAAAAAACUGCGAGAUCUUCAUCAAGACGAGGAACUUCUAAAACAGUUAGACGAGGACACAAAACGCAUGCGUGAACAGAAAAAUAUUAGGAAAAGGCAAAUGGACGAUGCGAUGAAAAGGGUUGACAAGUUAAAAGAAAUAGCACAACGGAAGAGGGGGUAA